GGGCAGGGCAGACCAGCACUGCACGUGAUCAAUAGCAAUAGCCAUACUGUCCUGAGACCACGGCCAUCUUCGCCCUCGACUAGCAUUUUUCCUUAUGGAGAAACAUUUGCUCAGCCCUGCAAUAUUUCCCGAGGUCACUCUGCAGCCACACAGACUCUUCCGGGAGGAGGGUGCGCACACGCGCCCUGAAUGAGGAAGACUGCAUUAGUAUAGUAAGCUAAUUGAGAGCAACAUGUGACAGUCAGAAAAGGACUUAUUGCAGUGCCGUUUCUGGUGACAUCGAGAAGUGUGUCUAUAACCGAUACCUGCAACCGUGGCAAACAAACGAUCGCCUUCGUUUCAGUGCUAUAAACCGAAGCUCAAAACAUGACAGGAAUGCAAACCGUUUGUUAUGUAUGAGGACCUGGAAAACUGCACGACAUUCGAUUCUAUUUUAACGUAGCUAACAUGUAUCGACGAAUGUAUUAAUUAAUUGCCUGCAUAUUGCAGAAGAAGAAUCGCUAAGGAUUUAGCCACAUUGGAGCAGUAGGUUAUGAUGUCAGGGCUUGAAACAGCGAAUGGGGUUUAUGAUCGAUUUAACUUCAGAAAACCUACCUCGCGUGCUUUUUCCCUAUCCAUAACCUAAUAAGAAAUGCUCAAUUAAACCAGCUACAAUACUGAGAGCCUUGCAGAUUGGGGUAAAUAUCGGAUAUCCUAAACAAUAGCAUAUUGACUUUGAGAUGUCAUUUAACAGUCUACCGACGUUGGAUAGUUGUAGGCCUAUGCCUAAAAUGCAUGUCUUUCUUAGCUGGGCACAGACCUUGAAUGUAAUGUAGCCUAAUAUACACAUGUACCAAAAUGCUACCAGGAUCUAUUCAAAUAACUGGAGAGACACUGUCGGGAGCUGAGAUCAAGGAUAUUUGUGACAGCCUGAAAGAGAACAGUGUGAGGCUUCUGUCUAUCAGGGGAUGUCAGCUUUCGGACCGAGACUUUGGACGGGUGUGUCGUGGUGUGGCGGAGUCCCACUCACUGGCGCAACUCAAUAUGAACCUCGGUGUGGUCUCCACCAUCAACCGAACCAAGCAUCUCGCAGAUGCACUCAAGACAAACAGAUCGAUCCAGACCCUUUUGUAAGUAGCCUAGUAGAUCACAAUGAAUAAGGUGUGUCGGUCUGAUUGAUUCAUUGAUUGGUUGAUAUUAGUGGUUGAUAUGGCUACUGUAGUCUAUUAACUGAUUGUAAUCAGUAUGGGUCCCUCAAUUUGUGAUCCAGUAAAAGCUCUCCAUGGCAUUACAUGGGGAACCUGACCCUAAUUACCAUGAUUAUGCACAUGAGCAUGAACUCAAGUUGAUGUCAAUUUGAGGAUGCUUUAUCUAGCUUGAAAGGUGAAUUAAUUGGAUGAUCAUCACUGGAACUUUUGUAUUGAAUGAUAUUCCGCAUUUCUCUCUCCUCCCAUCUCCCAUAUGCCACAGUCUCCAUGGAAGCCCCUUCCUAGAUGCAGGAUUGGUCACACUCAACACUGCAUUGUCCACUCACCCUUCACUGGUGUCUCUGGACCUGGGGGACUGUAUGCUGGGAGAUGAGGCACUGCGGCUUAUCUGUGGCAUGCUGCCUCCGGACGGGGCCAAAUCAGGUACAGCCACUCAACACUGCUCUCACUGUUACUGGGCUGUCUGACUCUGAACCUGGCCUGCUAGGGGACAGUGGUUGGAAACAAUAGGCUAGUGUGGAAGUCCUCUCUUGUUAGUGUGUGGGGAAACACAUUUUUGAUUACAGAAAAUACAGUCCAGACAAAUUACAACUUAUAAAGGGUUUAUAGAACAUUCAUAAAGUUGUUAUUGAACACUACAUAGAUCUGUCACAAUGAUCUUUUGCAAUCCUUUAUGUAGCAUGAAAUUUGCUUAUGAGUGAUUUCUGAAGCAUCUAUGUAGGCCUUAUAAAGGAUUUUAUGAAGGCAUUAUGUGUUAAACAUUGUAGUGUUAACAAUUAGACUCAAGUUACACGAUAAUGGAGUAUAAUACACACUACAUACACUAUAGUCAGAACCUUUAAUAUAUGGUUAUAAAUGGCUCUGCCUAUACUAAGUUGAUCGUCAUUUGAUGGUGAUGGACAGCCUGUCCCACAGGGCUUAGGGAGCUGACUCUGAGUGCGAACCCCUGCAUCACAACCAAGGGCUGGGCCCGCCUGGCCAUUGCUGUGGCCCACAGCUCCCAGCUCCGAGUCCUCAACCUGGACUACAACCCCCUGGGUAAGAACCAAUCACCAGGACACAAAACCAAUUACUGUACUUUAUAUCAGUGAGUUUCUUAAUAUGGAAUCAGCUUAUAUGGAAUCAGAUUCUUAUUUAAACAAUUUAAGGAAUAUUACACUCAACCACAAGUGUUGCCAUAAAAAUAUUUGCAUCUCAGUUAACUUUGGAUAAUCAAUAUUAACUUUUGUGAACUUCAAGUAUUGGAACAACAUUAGCUUUUGUGUCAUUAUGUGUAAUGGGACCUUUUCAGAGGUGAAACACUCCUGAGAUACCAAUGACUUCCAUUUUAUGGGCCAGUUGCUUCCUGCAUUACCAAAUAAGGUUUUUUAUUCAGGCAUGUCUCCAUGACAACCCCCUGGCUGCUUGCACUACAGAGAAAUAGGAAAGGAGGUCAUUUUAGGAACAUAGGCUGUGUUUACACAGGCAGCCCAAUUCUGUUUUUUUUUCUCACUAAUUGGUCUUUUGACCAAUAAUAUCAGCUCUGAAAAAGAUCUGGUGUGAAAAGGUCUGAUUUGAUUGGUCAAAAGACCAAUUAGUGGAACAAAAUAUCAGAAUUGGGCUGCCUGUGUGAACACAGUCAUGUUGUCCCCAGUUAAAUUAAGAUAUAAUUUUAGAGGGCACACUUGAUACACAAUUAUAUGUCUAUGGUCAUUUUGGGGCAAGUAUACAGGGUAAAACAUUCUGAUUCCAUUUCAUCCACCUGAAAUAUGGGGUGUCAAUGACAUUCUUAAUGACUGGGGGGUAGCCCCAACCAGGACUCGAACCCGAGUUCAGCUACUGUCAACCCAACACCUUAGCUGUUAAGCCAAGAGAUCCGAAUCCCUCUACGAUGUCGCUAGGUGUUGGGUUAAGGUGGUUACACUACCCCCUUUCUUCGGGAGAGCGUGUCCCCACUAUUCUCUAUACCAAGUCCCUCCCGUGAACCGCCUCUCGAAUGGCCUCACUGGCACCAUUUUGAAGAAUCUCAAAUAUAAAAUAUAUUUUGAUUUGUUUAACACAUUUUUGGUUACUACAUGAUUCCAUAUGUGUUAUUUCAUAGUUUUGAUAUCUUUCUUCACUAUUAUUCUACAAAGUAGAAAAUAGUAAAAAUAACCCUUGAAUGAGUAAGUGUUCUAAAACUUUUGACCGGUAAUGUAUAUGUAUAAUUUAUAUGAUUUGUGAUGUGCAUAUGCCCGAUGAAGGUGAAAGCCGAAACAUAGUGUACUUUAUCAGCUUUUGGAAUAAAUUAACUGAUUAUGCAAUUACUAAUCUGUGUGCGGUCUAAAUCUGUCGUUCAGUGUCAAUGACACCCAACACAUCAAUCAGCUUUCUGUAAUGCUCAAAUUAGACUUUCCACCAGUCUAAUGUCCAUUGCUCGUGUUUCUUGGCCCAAGCAAGUCUCUUCUUCUUAUUGGUGUCCUUUAGUAGUGGUUUCUUUGCAGCAAUUCAACCAUGAAGGCCUGAUUCAUACAGUCUCCUCUGAACAGUUGAUGUUGAGAUGUGUCGGUUACUUGAACUCUGUGAAGCAUUUACAGUGGGGAAAAAAAGUAUUUAGUCAGCCACCAAUUGUGCAAGUUCUCCCACUUAAAAAGAUGAGAGAGGCCUGUAAUUUUCAUCAUAGGUACACGUCAACUAUGACAGACAAAAUGAGAAAAAAAAAUCCAGAAAAUCACAUUGUAGGAUUUUUUAUGAAUUUAUUUGCAAAUUAUGGUGGAAAAUAAGUAUUUGGUCAAUAACAAAAGUUUCUCAAUACUUUGUUAUAUACCCUUUGUUGGCAAUGACACAGGUCAAACGUUUUCUGUAAGUCUUCACAAGGUUUUCACACACUGUUUCUGGUAUUUUGGCCCAUUCCUCCAUGCAGAUCUCCUCUAGAGCAGUGAUGUUUUGGGGCUGUCGCUGGGCAACACAGACUUUCAACUCCCUCCAAAGACUUUCUAUGGGGUUGAGAUCUGGAGACUGGCUAGGCCACUCCAGGACCUUGAAAUGCUUAUUACGAAGCCACUCCUUCGUUGCCCGGGCGGUGUGUUUGGGAUCAUUGUCAUGCUGAAAGACCUAGCCACGUUUCAUCUUCAAUGCCCUUGCUGAUGGAAGGAGGUUUUCACUCAAAAUCUCACGAUACAUGGCCCCAUUCAUUCUUUCCUUUACAUGGAUCAGUCGUCCUGGUCCCUUUGCAGAAAAACAGCCCCAAAGCAUGAUGUUUCCACCCCUAUGCUUCACAGUAGGUAUGGUGUUCUUUGGAUGCAACUCAGCAUUCUUUGUCCUCCAAACACGACGAGUUGAGUUUUUACCAAAAAGUUAUAUUUUGGUUUCAUCUGACCAUAUGACAUUCUCCCAAUCCUCUUCUGGAUCAUCCAAAUGCACUCUAGCAAACUUCAGACGGGCCUGGACAUGUACUGGCUUAAGCAGGGGGACACGUCUGGCACUGCAGGAUUUGAGUCCCUGGCGGCGUAGUGUGUUACUGAUGGUAGGCUUUGUUACUUUGUUCCCAGCUCUCUGCAGGUCAUUCACUAGGUCCCCCCGUGUGGUUCUGGGAUUUUUCCUCACCGUUCUUGUGAUCAUUUUGACCCCACGGGGUGAGAUCUUGCGUGGAGCCCCAGAUCGAGGGAGAUUAUCAGUGGUCUUGUAUGUCUUCCAUUUCCUAAUAAUUGCUCCCACAGUUGAUUUCUUCAAACCAAGCUGCUUACCUAUUGCAGAUUCAGUCUUCCCAGCCUGGUGCAGGUCUACAAUUUUGUUUCUGGUGUCCUUUGACAGCUCUUUGGUCUUGGCCAUAGUGGAGUUUGGAGUGUGACUGUUUGAGGUUGUGGACAGGUGUCUUUUAUACUGAUAACAAGUUCAAACAGGUGCCAUUAAUACAGGUAACGAGUGGAGGUCAGAGAAGCCUCUUAAAGAAGAAGUUACAGGUCUGUGAGAGCCAGAAAUCUUGCUUGUUUGUAGGUGACCAAAUACUUAUUUUCCACCAUAAUUUGCAAAUAAAUUCAUUAAAAAUCCUACAAUGUGAUUUUCUGGAUUUUUUUUCCUCAAUUUGUCUGUCAUAGUUGACAUGUACCUAUGAUGAAAAUUACAGGCCUCUCUCAUCUUUUUAAGUGGGAGAACUUGCACAAUUGGUGGCUGACUAAAUACUUUUUUCCCCACUGUAUUUGGGCUGCAAUUUCUGAGGCUGGUAACUAUAAUGAACUUAUCCUCUGCAGCGGAGGUAACUCUGGGUUUUUCUUCAUUUUUACUAUUUCCUACAUUGUAGAAUAAUAGUGAAGACAUCAAAACUAUGAAAUAACACAUAUGGAAUCAUGUAGUAUCCAAAAAAGUGUUAUAUUAUAUUUUGAUUCUUCAAAUAGCCACCCUUUGCCUUGAUGACAGCUUUGCACACUCUUGGCAUUCUCUCAACCAGCUUCACCUGGAAUGCUUUUCCAACAGUCUUGAAGGAGUUCCCACAUAUGCUGAGCACUUGUUGGCUGCUUUUCCUUCACUCUGCCGUCUGACUCAUCCCAAACCAUCUCAAUUUGGUUGAGGUCGGGGGAUUGUGGAGGCCAGGUCAUCUGAUGCAGCACUCCAUCAAUCUCCUUAUUUGUAAAAUAGCCCUUACACAGCCUGGAGGUGUGUUGGGUCAUUGUCCUGUUGAAAAACAAAUUAUAGUCACACUAAGCCCAAACCAGAUGGGAUGGUGUAUCACUGCAGAAUGCUGUGGUAGCCAUGCUGGUUAAGUGUGUCUUGAAUUAUAAAUAAAUCACAGACAGUGUCACCAGCAAAGCACCCACACACCAUAACACCUCCUCCUCCAUGCUUUAUGGUGGGAACUACACAUGCAGAGAUCAUCCGUUCACCCACACCGCGUCACACAAAGACACGGCGGUUGGAACCAAAGAUCUCCAAUUUGGACUCCAGACGAAAGGACAGAUUUCCACCGGUCUAAUGUCUAUUGCUCGUUUUUCUUGGCCCAAGCAGGUCUCUUCUUCUUAUUGGUGUCUUUUAGUAGUGGUUUCUUUGCAGCAAUUCGACCAUGAAGGCCUGAUUCACACAGUCCCCUCUGAACAGUUGAUUUUGAGAUGUGUCUGUUACUGGAACUUUGUGAAGAAUUUAUUUGGGCUGCAAUUUCUGAGGCUGGUAACUCUAAUGAACUUAUCCUCUGCAGCAGAGGUAACUCUGGGUCUUCCAUUCCUGUGGCGGUCCUCAUGAGAGCCAGUUUCAUCAUAGCGCUUGAUGGUUUUUGGGACUGCACUUGAAGAAACUUUAAAAGUUCUUGAAAUUUUCCGUAUUGACUGACCUUCAUGUCUUAAAGUAAUGAUGGACUGUCAUUUCUCUUUGCUUAUUUGAGCUGUUCUUGGUCUUUUACCAAAAAGGGCUAUAUUCUGUAUACCCCCCCUACCUUGUCACAACACAACUGAUUGGCUCAAACGCAUUAAGAAGGAAAGAAAUUCCACAAAUUAACUUUUAAGAAGGCACACCUGUUAAUUGAAAUGCAUUCCAGGUGACUACCCCAUGAAGCUGGUUGAGAGAAUGCCAAGAGUGUGCAAAGCUGUCAUCAAGGCAAAGGUUGGCUACUUUGAAGAAUCUCAAAUAUAAAAUAUAUUUUGAUUUGUUUUACACUUUUUUGGUUACAACAUGAUUCCAUAUGUGUUAUUUCAUAGUUUUUAUAUCUUUCUUCACUAUCUUUCUUCACUAUUAAAAUAAAGAAAAACCCUUGAAUGAGUAAGUGUUCUAAAACUUUUGACCGGUAAUGUAUAUAUAUAAUUUACAUGAUUUGUGUGUAAAUAGUAUUUUAGUUGUUUCUUGGUGUCUUUUCUAUACAUAACUAUUUUUAAAAAAUUAUUUUGAAUUUAAUGUUGAAUCUUAUGUUGUUCUUGUCUAUUACUGUGCUGUACUUUGUCAUGUAUUUUUAUGUUUUAUGUGGAGCCCAGGAAGAGUAGCUGCUGCAUGUGCAGUAGCUAAUGGGGAUCCUAAUAAACUAAUCGAAACCAUCCCACUUCUGACACCAGUGUACAGAAUACGGGACUCGAACACGGCUCCAGCAACUGUCAACCCGACACCUUAGCCAUUACGCCAAGAUAUCCAAACCGCUUGAUGAGGUCGCUAGGUGUUGGGUUAUGGUUGCUACAAUACAUAUCAUGUUGAAAUGAUGUGCAUACGCCCGAUGAAGGUGAAAGCCGAAACAUAGUGUACUUUAUCAGCUUUAUGCUUUUGGAAUAAAUUAACUGAUUAUGCAAUUACUAAUCUGCGUGUGGUCUAAAUCUGUCGUUCAGGGUCAAUGACACCAAACACAUCAAUCAGCUUUCUUUAAUGCUCAAAUGACAGACUCACCUUCUGAACUUACUCAUGUUUUGGUUGUGUUGGGGUUCCAGGGGACCAGAUUGCAGGUAUGCUAGCAGUUGCUGUGGCGUCCAGCAGAACUCUGGAGGUGUUGGAUCUGGAGGGAACAGGACUCACAAAUCAGUCAGCACAGGUCUGUAACAUCAACAUCACCACCACCAGAGCAAAGUCAUCAGCACCACUGAGUGUGUGGAAAAACAUUACAAAGACAGUGAGAAGAAAUCUGAUGUAGUUUCAUUAUGACUUAAAACUCAUUCUGUUGGGGGAGUUCUACUCUCUUAUCCCCUAUAAAUUAUCUGGUUUACUUUCCUCACUACCUAAUUAAUGUUCAAUGACCCUUCUCAAAUGUGGUGCCAAUUACCAGCAAUACUCAUGCCAAUCAUCAGUUAAAAGAUAAUACCGUUUUUAAUUUAUUUUAAUUUAUUUUCAGAAAUGUUAUGCAGUUAGCUUUUUACUUACCCUCUUGUGAUCCCUUUAAAUAUUUUCCCCAUGUCUCCCUCUCACACUCUCACUGUUAUUGACCCGUAACCCUGAAUCUCGUAUGCAGGGAAGAUGUGCUUACCUAGCUGUGAGAAGAUACUCUUCUCUCACAAAGCACUUUGCUAGCUGUGGCCUGUUCACUGGCUAUUGAAAAGUACUCAAGGUUAGUGCUAUCUGGAAUCUUUGAGACGUCCCUACCCUAACCUUAACCAUUUUACAUUUCAACUUCAGUGGUGUAGGGACAUCCCAAGGAUCUCAGAUAGCAUGGACCCUUACGGACAACUUAUCCAUUUCAACACUUUUAAUUCAUUUUCUAGCUAGUCCCUCUCCAGUCUAAAGCUAGCUGAUUUAUAAAGAGACUGGCCUUGACAUGUACUUCACACUAAGGAGAAAAAAAUAUGUACACAGCUUUUUAGACAGAGAGUAUAAAUCUGAGUAAAUCUAUAUAUCCGAGCAAAUAAAUACAUAUCGGUUUUUACAUUGAAUCAGUGACGUGCAGUCAGGGUAGGCAGUGGUAAUAUAAUACAACAAGCUGUUAUGAAAAGCCAAAUGAAAAAUACAAUUAUAUUAAAAUAUAGUCAUUAUGUUUCGCUAUCUAAUGAUUUUCUCAAUGAUUCUGGUGGUUUUUAUGCUCAAAAUCUCAGGAAAGGCGCCAUACCUUCCUUAACAGCCACUCAAAUCGUUGAUGCCACAGCCAUUCCUGACUCCAGUCACUGUUAAUUGAUAGGGUCAGCAUACUGCUUUGCCUAGCUUGAAGUAGCUUAAUUCGUUGCAUUGAGCCAAUUUCAUAUUUUGCGCAUGCGUAUUGCCUAAACAUGUUGUGUGGGUAUUGCCUUGGUAUGCUGUGCACAUUUGGGCGUGUCUACAUAUGAACUGAACCAAGCUAGCUAGCUAGCAAAAACAACCUGAACGCGCCAUUUGGAGGGUUCGAAGAGUGGAACGUCAACUAUAAUGAAAGUUAAGACCAGACAGAGGCAGCAUACAGGAGCUCUAGCUACAAGACAUGACAUGACAGGCAACCACCAUCUCCCUCACUGCUAGCUGUCGGGUAGGCGAACAGUGAGUACUGGACUGUCCACUUAUCUGAAAUGUCAUUACCAAUUAAUACUUUUUACCCUGACUUUUACACAUCUGGGACAUUUACUUUUGCUUUGUGGAUAAUGGGAAUGGGAAUUACUUUUUGUGUCAGUGUGAAAAUGGAAUGGGGAUGCGUCUGCUGUGUGCAUGCAGAAUAAAAUAAUGAACAUGGGAUUCUGCUGUGACUUUUACAACGCUGUCACUGAGAGGUUCACCAGACUAAUGGACAUAAUUUACAAGUAAAGGUAGGCCUAAAUGCAUUUUCCUUUACAAUUUGCGGGUUAGGUUACUGUUGAAUCAUGAGAAUAGACAACAUCCCGUUGCGGCAUGUAGCCUAGUGGUUAAGAGCGUUGGGCCAGUAACCGAAUGGUUGCUGGUUAGUAUCCCCGAGCCGACUAGGUGAAAAAUCAGCCAAUGUCCCCUUGAGCAAGGUACUUAACCCUAAUUGCUCCUCCUAUAAGUCGCUCUAGAUAAGAGCUUCUGCUAAAUGACAAAAAAGUUACAAAAUGUACAAUGCAUUUGAUUUAUCAAGCUAGAAUUGUUUUGAUGAGACACUUUUUUGAUGUUUUGAACUGCAUUUUUCAGCCAUUUCGAUUGUUGAUAAGAACAUUUAGUAAGAACCUUAUUAUGUAUGUGUGUGUAAUAAUAUUUCACAUAAUAAUAUUAUGUUUGUGUGUGUGUGUGUUUGCACAUUACGCACAUUGAAAUAAUUGUAAAUCCACUGUGAAACUCUAUGGAGUUUGCAUUGCACAUUUUUCAGAUGAAAUAUGUCCAUACAAAAUGUGUCUUUUAGUGCCACAUACAGUGGCGAUUUUAGCAUGUAGAUCUUGGUGGGGCAAACUCACCGAUUAUUUUUUAGAUGCAUGCCAGCAAAGCCACAACACAACACUAAACAAUACAUUAAUUGCUCUAUAACGGUGACAAACGGUGCCCACAAACUGUUAGAGCCUACAUAAAGCUGUCCCAACAGCAGAGCUUUCUUUUCAGCACCAUGGAGUGAAUCCUUACCACUGCGACACCUGGCUAUCAGCGGAGCCUUGUCUGGCAGCAAAACAGUUCAUUCAGCCUCAUUUACUGCCUUAUAAAAAAACAUAGCUGAUAUGGCUGACUUGCUUAAACAAAUGUGGUUUCUACUGACAAUUGAGAUGUACAAACUAUGGCAUAAGGGGACGACGAGCGGAUAAGAGGCAAUCUGUAAUUUUUGAUUAAGACAAUGAGCGAGCUAGGACGGACGUAGUCAAUAUAACUAUUUGUUCAGCACUUUUGAAAUGUACAGAGACAGAAUUCAGAAUAUGGGCCGUUCUUACAGUAUUCUCCCUGUACACCAAGUCAGAUCUGUAGGAUAAAUAAAGGGGGCAUAUAAGCAGACAAUGAAAGCUCUUACAAUAUUCGAUGAUGACAUUUCUCUAAAACAGGCUGUAGGCUACAUGUGCACCACCAAGUCAGAACAGUAGGCUAAAUUAGGAGGGGGAAAGGGACCGAAUUAUUAGGGUGAGGCACAUGGGCUACUAACAGCUUACUACACAACAUACACUUUGUAUUAUUUUCUUAGCUACAGUAUACAUAUCUCCCUGGCAUAUUACAUAAUUUAUGCAGCAGCAUCCAAUACAUUUUUGGACUCACCUUGUUGUGCUGUGCUCACUUGAACAGGAAGGUGGCGCAGCGGUCCUUCAUGGGCAAAUUUUGUCACCAAACUUUGUCAUCGAAGUCUGGCAUUCUCUGGAUUUAUGGUGCUUUCAAGACAACUGGGAACUCUGAAAAAAAAUUAAGGUUGAAUCAUGAUGUCCGUGAUGAUCUUCAGGUCGGAGCUCUAGAAAGAGGCCCGAGUUCCCGACUUGGAAUUCCAAGUUGGAUGACCGUUCAAAAUGUAUUUUCCCAGGCGGAGCUCGUUUUUUUCAGAGUUCCCAGUUGUCUUGAACUCACUGAAGUCUGAGAUUUCCCAGUUUCCAGUUUCCAGUUGUUUUGAACACGGCAGAAGUCAUGCUGGAUUGACAGCAUGGCCAAUGUAUUCCACCUUUUCUGGCCCAUGGUGUUGAAUGUUUAUCCUUUUCAGCUUGGAAAAGAGACCCUUAAACCCAGACUUGGACCACACACCCACUCCACUGAAUAGCAGGCUAGCGAUUGCUUUGCAACGCUUGCAGUUAGCCACUGAUUCCUUCCAAACCACUCAUUGUUGAAUUUGCGAUUUCCAACUGGUUGUGUAAUGUUUAUGUCCAAUGGCCGAUGAGCACCGAUACGUUUUAUCUAUAAUUUCUCUUAAUAAUUUCUCUUCAUAUGACAAGGAUUGAAAAGGAUUUGCCAGUAGAUUGUCGACUUGAUUCAUGAUGAUGACUGCUAGCUUUCUAGCUAAGAUUUUGAAAGUAUGAUGUUGACAUGAUCAGUCCAAUCAAAGCUAUGGUAGAUAUAAUGUGAUUUGAUGUUAUUUUAUCUGUGGCCAAUGACCUUGAGCCUUCUUGGAUGGGCACUUCUAAUGUGACUCUAUGGUAGCACCCAAGGGGCUUGAAUCUUUUUGCUCUACCCGUAGAUUGAACACUGACAGAACACUGAGCCAAUCACAGCACAACUAGAGAACAUUACCAACCCCUACGCUCCGUAUUUUCCGCUGACUGGCCCACCACCACAGAAAGCACUGAGCUAGGCUGAAACACUUGCAUUUUGGAGCUGCCUUACUCAAGAAAGCAAAAAAGAGACCAUGUUUGUAUGCGGCUUUAUUAACUCAAUUAUGUGACAUGUACAUAUUACCUCAAUUACCUCGACUAACCUGUGCCCCUGGACAUUGACUCUGUACCGGUACCCCCUGUAUAUAGCCUCGCUACUGUUAUUCUAAUGCUGCUCUUUAAUUAUUUGUUAUUUUUCUUCUUCUUUUUUUAUUUAUCUAUUUUUUACUUAACACUUAUUUUUCUUAAAACUGCAUUGUUGGUUAAGGGUUUGUAAGUAAGCAUUUCACUGUAAGGUCUGUUGUAUUCGGCGCAUGUGACAAAUACAAUUUGAUUUGAUUUGAUGAAUGCCAAAAUAACAUGCACCUGCCCUGCCCUGAAUGACGGGUCGCCACUGGCCACCUAUCAGUUGUAACUGUGGAUGCUACAUCAAUGUAUGGCUGAGCUGAGUUGAGCAGUGUGUCAUUUUGUCGGAUGAUAUGCAAUAUGCCGCCAUCUGAGGCUAUCGCUUGUUUAUAUUGGCUACAUUGGUAUUUACAUUUGGUGAAAAUUGUUUGUCAAUUUUGGUUAAUAGCCUAUGCCACUCUGGUUGUUGGAGGUCCGUUGUAUGAUGAACAUGAACUUCAUCAAGGUUUAUUUGUGAGUAAAUCUGGCUUUGAUAUUAGCCAGUGCUUACCCAUCCACCAAACCACCGCACGUCACUGCAUUGAAGUGACUUGUUACAUGCUGUAGUAAUUCAAGAAAAACAAACCACUUAAAUGUUAGUUCAUAACCUGGAAUAACAAUCCCCACUGGCAAGCAGAACUACCUACACCUACAAACCCAUCGAGUUCUCUUAUCAACCCCUACUGUAGCCUAAAUGUGCUUCAUGACAGAGUCUCCCUCCCCUGUACCUUCAGGUCUUCCUCGAAAUGGUGGAGAACUACCCCACCUGUCUGCGCGUGCUGGUCCUGGCUGAGAACGCCAUCAGCCCCGAGCUGCAGCAGCAGAUCUCAGACCUGCUCUCCGAGGGAGAGGAGGAGGACGACAAGGAGGGCGAGGCACGAGGCAGCGCUGCCAUCCCCACUAGGGAGAAAACGGCCUGGAUCCCCCACAGCAGUAAAGGCUGACCUGACCAACUAAAAUGGUCUCCUUCCCUGUCCUUUCUUAGUUAUAGUCUAGAUAGGACAGUUUUUCAGAUUCUAAAUAAAUCAUUUUGUAUAAUAAGCGUCUAUAAACCUGAAACAUCGGUAUAGGUGAUGACCUCAAAAAAUGAUGACUGAUUUUCAAUCAAUCUCUAGUAUUGGGGGGAAACAAACUAACCCAUUUGCUUAAGAAUGAGGCCUGCUAGCUCUGUUUGAGCUUUGGCCAACUCUGUUUGUGCUUUGGCCAACUCGCUCGUUGUCAUCCCUUACAAGUUCAAAGGAGUUGGCUAGAGCACUAACAGAGCUAGCAACCAGGCUAGUUGUAGAGUUGUAGAAGUCUUAAACUCGUUUCCGUUGUCUCUGCCCAUUGCAGACUCCCACCCCCAAAUGGUCCUGCUGACGUCAGGUCUAGGUGAGAGCCUACUGGCUGAGAUUGAGAUGUGAUUCCACAGCCUUCCUACAUUUUUGUUUUUUACCUCCUUUCUUUAUGCUAAUCUGCACAUAAUAGAGUUGCAAUAUCACCUGGUAGCGUGCAAUCAAUCACACUUUUUGCAUGACCUGUAGCACUUGUACAUAACAGAAUAUGUUUUGGAGCAGGCACAAAAUUCUUAACACACACACCAAGUGACUUAUAGGCAAUAGGGAAUUUAUUUAUUUUAAACAUGUAAAGUCUAUUUAUAGUUCCUAUUUAAAGGUUUAUGUAACCAAUUAAAGUCUGUUUGCUUUGAUAGAUCGACUACAUAGGAUUGUUGUGAUGGUCUGAUGUGAUGUCAGAAUAAAUCUGUUUACAUCUUCUUAAAGACGUUUGGAUUCUUAUGUUAUUUCCUGAUUGGAAUAGCCUACUUAUUAAUGCAAUUAACAAAUUGGCAUGCCA